AUGUGGGUCACUUUAGAGCAGACAACCGGGCUUCAGAGGCGAGCAUCAAUCGCUACCAGCCGUGCCCCCGCCCACCAUGGACCCACUAGUUUUCCCCUAGACUCUGAAACACACUCUCUACCUUAUACCCGAAGAGAGACGGCCAAUCCCCCUGCUCCCUCGCCCCGAGCCAGGUUUGCCGAGAAUCCUAUCAUUGGCCCCACCCGCGAAGCUAGCUCGCGACUUUCUCGACGAAAGAGUGCGCUAAAGUCCCGAUCGCCGAGCCAGCUCAUCGUCCCAUCCUUCAAGACCCCUUCGGUCGACCCAGUCACAGCCCAAGGGAACAGCUCCCUCGCCAACCCCGGCCCGAGUUCCUCCAGUGCUAGCCUUCUCCUACCACCGCUGCCCCCAACCUCUUCCAAACGUUCGCGGACAACUUCAAUGGUUGCCCCUGAACAUACCCCCUGGUCUGACCAUGAUUAUCUCAAUCCAGAAGAUGCGUCACGACAAAGAAAGAUGGUAGAAGUGUUCGACCAGCUCAACUUCCGCCAACGCGCUCACAGUAUGUCCGACUUCAAUACGCCCGACGAACUGCACAAGCGGAACGCAGAAGCUGAAACUUACGUGGUGGAUCAAGCUACGAAGCUGGGCUCGAAUGCUAGUCAUCGACCGGUCUUUCUCACCGACCAAAGCGCUUUAUUUCCCGAGAAGCCCCUUCGCCAUUUGAGCUUUCUGUCCAGCCAGUCCCAGUCAGAUGAUGAAGCGUUGACCUCAAGCAACUAUGAAAGCUUGGACUUCAGUGACAGUUCACGGCCGGUAUCGACGAUUUCGUCUUCUGGAACUUCAUCUUCAUCAUCAAACUUCCCUUCAUCUUCCGAGCAGAUGUCGACUGACAUUGAUGAUUACCGAGAGAAUAAGCUUUUCACAGAGAGCAACAGCAGACUUGAUCCUUUACCCUCCCCAGUGGCUUCAGCCUCCUCCUUAAUCAAAAAACAAUAUUAUUCUGGAGAACUCGGAACUAGAUCCGACUCAGAUCCGCUCAUUUCACCCCUCGAAAAGCUGUCCUCUCUCUCGCUAACCCGACCCAGUAUCAAAGGCCGUCAAAGAAGUGGGACAGUGCUGCCACCUAAAAAACCUCAGCUCAUUCUUGAAAGUUCGCCUGACGAUUCUUGUAUUGUAUUACCCAUCGAUUCACUUCUUGCAAAGAUUGAAAACAAGUCAAUCAAACCGCCUGCCCGUCCACCGCGAAGCAACCGGCGAGGAGCUGCAGGACAGCCCCCUGAUCCGUUGUUGCCUAUCGCCACUGGACAACGGAAAACAGACUCUCGGAUGGUAGAUAUCCCUACGGAAGAGAGCACCUGUUCAGAUACGUUGAAAAGCCAUCUGACAACCAAAGUACGAGUCGAGGACUCAGGUUCUGUCUAUGCCUCUGCCAGGUCCAGCCCAGCCCCACUCCCCGCCUCAGCCCCGCCCGCUAGUCAGCUGAAACCAACCAUCAUCAUCUCUUCAAAAACAGAAAAAGAGUUACCGCACGACAGAAGCCCACGGGAGCGUUCGCCCAAUGAGGGCCACCCGCGUGCAAUGGUCCCGCCAAGGCCCCCCAGCAGAAGUGGCGCGAGACCGAAAUCAUCCGGCAAAAAUCUAGGGGCUCCGAACGAUCCAUAUUCACGGUCGAAGUCACCCACUUCGCUUGCGUCAACUAGCGGCUCUGAUGAUGAAGCGGACGAUUUCGAAAGUGCAGAGGAAGGUGAUGACCAAUUUUGGUCAGCGGCUGAACAUCAUGAAUCGCCCAGUACCCCUAACACACUAGAAGUCGAAUCUCUCACCGGCGAACGGUCCCCCGAAAGUCCGCCCCAUUCGCACCCUCCUACAACCCACGAGCUAGUAGAAAGAGAAAGAUCGGAAAAAAACGUUGAUGCGGAUCGGUCUCACAAAAGAAGGAAUACCAUGUCGAUCAUUGGAGCUUUCCCUCGAUCAGAAAGCUACGCCGACAGCUUCUUGAGCUCGGCGCCUUCGAAUCCAGAUACCACUCAAGAGCUUUCCUUCGAACAAUCUUAUCAGUCCCUUAGAACUUCUCAAUCGGCUCCCAAAUAUUCUCCGGAGCAACAUUCUGAACGAGCCAAAAAUACUGCGUCGAUUCCGGAAAUUCCUUAUGAGCCGCAAACCCCCAGAAGAGCAUCUCAUCUGCCACCCAGCAAACCAGAUUCAUCUCCGCAACGCCACAGCAUGAAAUCGUCUGCUCCUGGACACUCAGCGAAUGUAACUCAAGCCGCUCCACUAUCGCCUUACCCGGCACAUCCAACGUCCAUCAGUCCUUCCAAAUCUCCCUUUGACAAUAUCCGAAUAUCACGUACCUCCUCGCUCGAAGGGCUGGCUGCGCUGAGAAAUCCAAACGGCCCCUCUCCCCAGUCUCCCCGGAAAAAGACCAGUGUCCGCUCGGUCCACUUCCGUCAACUGUCAAAGAUCCUGAGUUUUUGCGCGAAGGACGCCGGCUUUGAUGAAAGCUCGGAGUCGAGUGAUGGGCACUUGGAACCCAUCCCCCAUCAGCAAGGCGAUCACCAAGCCACCGCCCUCAGAUCCCAUCCUCAGAGUCCUGCUCCUUCGAAUACCAAACAAACAUCCCCGAUUGCGCCCUCGACAUGGAAGAACUCAAUGUCCAAGGGCACAUAUGCCAACCUAUUGAACACAUACGGCGCCCUGGAGAUGCGAAGACAGGAGUUGAUAUGGGAGCUCUGUGAAACUGAGCAUUCCUUUGCAGUGGGGUUGCGCCAAGUCAUUGAGAUUUUUGUCUUUCCCCUCCGAACCCCUGAGGGCGCAUGGAUUUCAGGCGUGCCGACGGAGGUUGCGAGGCUCCUGGACUGGCUUGAGGACAUCGUGAAUUUGCACUCGCAGAUGGCUUUCCAGGCCAAGAACUGUUGCGAGUAUCAGACUCAGGCGCUCGGCUUGGUGGUUCACAUUUCGGAAGUUUUCCUCGAGCUGACCCCCAAACUCGAAGUCUAUCAGCCCUACCUGAUCCGCUUCAGCGAAGUGACUACUGCGAUUGAGGAGAUGGUCACAAACGUCGAUAGUGACUUUGGUGAAUUCGUUCGCAUGCAAAGUUCCUUGCCUGAAUGCGGAAGAAUGAGCCUGACUAGCUUCUUAUUGAAGCCUGUUCAGCGUCUCAUGAAGUAUCCUCUCUUCUAUAAGCAACUAUGCGACGUUACACCUCCGACCCAUCCAGAUCAUGAGGCAACAGUAUGUCUGUUCAGCGCCACUGACUCUAUGGUCCGGGUGCUUCAGGAAGUCAAAGAACGCGAGGAUGAAUACGAAAAACUUCAAAAAAUGGAAAGCAGGGUGAGGGGCUUACCUCCCGGAUUCAAGUUGGCCAAACGAGAUCGAAGGCUGUUAGCACAAGGAUUAUUGAAAAGAGUCCAACUGCCCACUCGAGAUAUACAUCAACUUUCUAGUGCUCAAGGCAAUCCGUGGGCAUUGAAUCCCCAAAUGACAGCAACGAAUCAAAGCCAUUCAGGAUCUUCACCGCAAUCUGGGUAUUCCAGUGAACACAUGGGGAGCGCACACUCUCGGAACUCUUACCACAGCAACUGGAGCCAACAUAGUAUGGCGCCCUCCUUAUCGACGGGUCCACAAUCCGCCAACUCCCGUCGUUCUUCAUAUGCGAAUCGAGAAAACGAGCCGAUGAGCUUUCUGAAUUACCCAAGUUCCCCCACCAACCCGUUCCCACCUGGUUCCAAGGAAUUCUACGACUGGAUAGCCCUCUCCAAGCCUUCAGGUCACCCGGAAGAUUCGAAGCAUUAUCUCCGUACCCGGGCUAGUGGCGUGUGGGAAUCACAGACGGACGAUCGGAAUCGGCGUAAAAGUCUUCCAGCCAGUCGAGCCUCUCGAAAACCGAAGGAGUCUCCCGUCCAUGUCUUUGUGUUCUCAGAUGUCAUCCUUCUUGCCACACGGCAUAGCGACGGAGUGCGCCUCAUUCGUUCGACUAAGCUGCAGAAAAAGAAAAAAGAAUCGCCGUCGUACUAUUCCGUGCUUGAAGACGUUGGCAUAUCACGUUUGAUGGCUGUCUCGGAUAUAUCAGGUGAACUUGAAUAUCCUCAUCUACUGAAGCUCGAUUUGCUGCCAUUUGGAGAGACCAACACUACCCAGUACACGAUCAAAUCCCCGGUCUCUGUCUUGUUGACCUUCCCCGAUCGACUACCAGGCUCAUCACAAUUAUCGACCUAUGAGACUAUCCAGAAAGAGAGAUUUAAAUGGCUUGCGGCGUUUCAUCAAGCACUGAGAUCCCCCGAACUAAGUCUAAGAAGCCAGGCGGACGAUCUAUCGGACCUGCUGGACCCCUCUAACCCGGCUUUCCAAAAGAUUCCGAUCCAUGCCCAGGAAAGGCAGGAACGGAACUGGUGGUCGGCCCGACACCGAUUGGUGGCUAAAGAGCUCGAGUUCUCUCCCGACGAGUUAGCCUCAGAGCCCAGUGAAAUGGAUAGCAGCUCGUAUAAUAGUAACAGUUUUGAUAGUCUUCGGGUCGAGCCUUCCCAGGUCUUAUCCUCUGUAAACCAAAAUCGAACCCUCUUUCUGCCCCAUCCCCAUACUGAAAAUAAUAGCCUUCUUGACCAAAUCAAAACAUCCGGUCUUGGUCUAGACUUUGGCUUCUGA